AUGACAACGGUGCCCAGGUAUCGGCGAGCAUCAGUCGAGGACCCUAUGUUUGCGAAACUAUUGUGCGCGAAAAUCGAUGUGAGAAGAAUCUCGGAGACUAUACUCUCGGAGCUACAAGUAACUCAAAUCCCAGCCGGCUUUUCUUCAGACUCAAAUCUUCGUCGAGUUGAGUGUAAGAAAGUCAAGUGCUCCUGGUACAAGCCUUCUAGGACGACAUGGUUGAACUUUGGAAACGAAGAAAUCGCAAAACGAGUAUUCAACAAGUUCAAUUCAAACAGUUAUAGGAUUCUUGACCAAACAGCGCACUGUAACCAACCAACGAGGAGCGGAGGAUUGAGAAAUCCAUAUGCUUGGACACUCAUGCUGACAGACUUAUCGAUCGCUGUAACAGAGAAUGAUAUUCGUUCCGCCAUACGUGCACCGCACGACAGUCCUCGAAAUAUCGAGCUAGGAAAACCUACUUACAAUGUGGAUGGUGAGCUGGCUAGUGCAACUGUGAUGUCUUUCCUCAGUAGGGUUGGUCCAAUUGAAUGGAGCCAAGCCAAUACAGAAUUAGAAGGCAAGAGAGCCAAAGCCAUUGCUCGAUUCUACGAGGAAGCAGACGCUAGAGAAGCCGUGGCAUCGCUGCAUAAUGUUCCUCUACCCUUUGGAAAGAACAUGAAAUUAAGUGCUCAGCUUAUAAGCACUGCAAAGUUCAAAGUUGCAACCACCAUCUUCAGCGCCGUCCAAACUCGGAUUCGUACCGCAAGCCAGGGUUGGACAAGAAAUCAUUUAAGCUUCAAGGUAUAUCCAUGCGCAUUUGGAUUCCAAUACAGAGUUCUCAAAAUUGAAGGGCCGGUAGCCAAAGACGUUGCUGCUGCAAAGGAAACCAUGGACGAAAUACUGGAUGGUAUCAUAGUAAUGAGCCACAAUGAACCUUGUUGGAGUCCUUCCCUGAGUCACAAUGGGAUUAUGCUUCAGAAGCUAAAAAAAAUUCAGAGAGAUUAUGGUGUUGUUAUCAUCAGGAAUAGGAGAAAGGUGGAGCUCAGGCUCUACGGCUCCCCUGAAAAGUGUGUCGGUGUAGAGUUGGCGAUCGCUGACAUGGUGAGUAUCGAGUCUUCUACAGAUCAUAUUAUCAAUCUGAAUCCCGAAGACUUCCAAUGGGUAUGUAAUAGCGGAUUUCCACUGAGAAUUGUUAGGAAGCGGGAGCUGAAUUCAGAAACCGAGACCACUACCGAGAAGGAAGAUUGCGUUGAGUGCUGGACUCAAGCAGAGAAUCCAAAUUUCACCAGAUGCGGACAUGUGUAUUGUAUUGACUGUUUUGAAGGCCUUUGUACUGCUGCCGGCUCGGGGGAGAAAGAUUUCUCAAUCAGUUGUGUGGGGGAUAAGGGGCAAUGCCAAGUGGUCUUUAGUCUUGAGGAACUACAAGAAAACGUUUCAUCUAAGGCAUUUGAAGACAUCUUGGAAGCGUCCUUUGCCUCCCAUGUCCAGCGUCACCCGCAAACGUUCCGCUACUGCCCGAAGCCGGGCUGCGACAUGAUCUAUCGCACAUCUAGCACGAUGAAAUUAAAUACGUGCGCAAAAUGUUUCACAAUGACAUGCACAUCUUGCCACGCUGGGCAUGAGGGCAAAACCUGUGCGGAGUACAAGGAUGAAAUCUCAGGGGGAUAUGAAGCUCUGAGAAAGCUGAAGAUGGAGUUAGGUAUCAAGGAUUGCCCAAAGUGUACGACGCCCCUGGAAAAGACUGAAGGUUGUAAUCAUAUGAUGUGCAGGGGCUGUAGAGCACAUCUUUGCUGGGUUUGCAUGGAGGUUUUUGCAGAAAGUGGCCCAUGUUAUGACCAUAUGACAACGAAGCAUGGAGGAAUAGGAUUGGAACAUUUGAAUCAUAUUUGA